CAGUUUAAAGUCGAGUGAAAAGGAAAUGCGGCGAGCUCCUCGCGGUAUAAUCGUGUUACACACCGAUGCAGAUUGUGCCAUUCUACAUUGCACCAUUUUCAGUUUACUCAACCAAAGUACUGUGUUGGUGUGAUGUUAGCUGGCUGCACUACACGCAUCAUGCAUGGCGCGAUAAAAUUUCCAACAGGUAAACUCAAGUGCCGAGGACAUUGCAAUUAUUGUCAACCAUUAGCCUGAACUCUCUAGAGCUGAAUAACAUGGGGUACUUGGCUUAUCAGCUGGCGACUAAACGUCUUAUCGUAUCAUUCUUCACGAAACGAUGGCUAAUUGUGGGCACUUCCGUUUCCCUUUAAAAAGAUAAGGGACACUGAUGCAUGCUCGUCUGGUUCACCGCUGUUGCGAGCGUGCACUGUAUAGUCAUCGUUGAUCUCUUCUGUUUGUGGUUUACAUUAUUCCAUUACUCAUUAAGCAUUAUCAGCGUAGUAAUUCAUCAAGAUAUUGCAACUUGUGACGACCCUUUUUUUCCUCGUAUGUUUUUCGACGGUCUAUAAUUAAAUUCUGUCAGUUUUGUUGCAUAUGCAUUAUCUGAGCGGCUAAGGCCACAAGGAAAUCAAAAAUAUUUCACUGAAACGUUAACGGCAGAAAAUUUGAUAAUGCGAAGAUUAUUUUGAAAGGUUUAUAUGUCGCGAAACUGAUGCGAAAUGAAAGGAUUAUUUGCUCGAAAGAAAGUAAAGUCGCCUGACAGCGAUGCAUUUCCCCCGGAUAUCGGCAGCUAUCACGCCGAUCAUGACUCCUUGGCGCGCGAUCGCUACGCACCGGAUGCCGACGAGACGGGCUCACGGUCAUCUACAUCGUCAGCCACACGCGGCUCUCCCGGCCAACUGAGCCGCCAACGGACAAACAGCGGCGGUGUGCCCAACGCGGAGCUGGCCGGCGAUCGCAACGUGCACGGUACCGGUGGUGGUCAUGGGCAGGCCCAUGUGCAUGCUGCUGUCGGGGUGGACGGCGCCAAACCAGCGGCAUCGGCGACGCAGCAGACUGCGGUUAUAUCGCCCGCAAACAAUAAUAACACUGCUACUGCAGGGGCAGCAGCGGCGUCUGGGAUUAACAAACCCAAACUAGUCUUUCAUUGUCAACAAGCCCAAGGCAGUCCAACGGGAUUAAUUUCCGGAUUUACCUCUGUUAGAGAACUGUAUCAGAAAAUAGCCGAAUGCUACGAUAUGGAUCCUUCUCAAAUUUUAUUUUGUACUUUGAAUACCCAUAAAGUGGACAUGGGACGCCUUCUUGGCGGACAGAUCGGGUUGGAUGAUUUCAUAUUUGCACAUGUCAAAGGACAAGCCAAAGAAAUAGAAAUUAUUAAAGAAGAGGAUGCUCUAGGUCUGACCAUUACUGACAACGGCGCCGGAUAUGCGUUUAUUAAGCGCAUCAAAGAAGGCAGUCUUAUGGACAAGAUCUCCCACGUGAGUGUCGGCGAUCACAUCGAGAAAAUCAAUCAGCAGUCGCUGGUUGGCUGUCGGCAUUUCGAAGUGGCACGGAAACUGAAAGAUAUUCCACGCGGGUCGACCUUUACCGUGCGUUUAAUAGAGCCCCUCAAAGCAGGCUUUGCGGCCAUCGGACCACGCAGCGCGAAGGGCGCGAAAGCGGGCAGCGGAGCCAUCGGCACCGGAAAGGCUACGCUCAGGCUCAGAGCAAAAGGUCCUGCUACUGUUGAAGAAGCGCCGGACGUGGUGUCUGCGGCAGUAACAGAAAAGAUCAAUGGACUACUGGAAUCUUUUCUUGGUAUUAAUGACAUCGAAUUAGCUACAACGAUUUGGGAAAUUGGGCAGGGCAAGACUAACACCCACGAUUUCGCUCUUGCACUCGAUGGAUCAGAACUGGCAGUCUUUGGAUUUACCGACGAUUUCGUUUUUGAUCUUUGGGGAAUUAUUAGCGACGCGAAAUCUGGUCGACUGAAGGCUGAUAAACCCAAAUUCGAGAUGCAGCUGUAGAAUUACACUAUCUGCACAUCCAACUUGGAUUUAAUUGUUUUUGUAGAAAGUGCGCUAUAAUUUCUUUUCCUUUCAGAUAACUAAGUCGACAUCUCCGACAUGAUUUUGACAAUAUUUUUCACAGAUAACUAUAUACUAAAAUCAACAGAAAUCUGUUGGCUCUGUUAAAAAAUUGAACCCAAACCAUAAAUAUUACUCUAAAACAUUCAAAAACAAAAAAGCGGAUAUGAAAAAGUCAAUAAACAUUUGGAAUAAAAACAA